AAUGUCUACUUUCGUAACUCAAAAGAGAUAUUUUCACCCAACUGUUACAAAAGAUUAUAUACGAAGAGUUCUAAGAGAUAACUUCCAAUGUGAGGAGUUUACUUUAGCUGGCGAGAAAGGCAAAGCUCUAAGAGGUUUGGCCAACUCUUCCUGUUACGCAAUUUUAAUAAAGAUGAUUGAAGGCCAUCCUCAUAUGUUAUGUACAAUUCGUUCAUCGAGUGUAACCUUGUCAAAGGGUUGGGUUGUACCUGCUGGUGGAAUGAUUGAUGAUGGCGAAACCGAGAUUGAGGCAGCAAAGAGAGAAGCCUACGAAGAGAUCGGUUUGCCAAUGGAAGACUUUGAUAUUAUUGGUGGAGCUAAGCCUCUCCCAAUGAUAUUUAGCACAAACAAGCAGACGCAUUUUUAUCUUUCCUGGUCAAUAUUUGGUUUAGUUCCGGAUAACUUUACUCCCGUAAUAAACGAAGAAGUUGAAGAUUAUUUCUAUAUUCCGCUGUACGAAUUCGUAGAUCAACUAGAUAGUAGUCAUUCAAUAACUGAGGUAGAUUACUUUUAUGAUCAGAAAGUUUUUUAUCAUAAUUUCAAAUGGACACAUAAGAAUAAAUUGUAUAAAAUAUCUGGUGCAGUUGGACAUAUUGGACUUAUAUCGGCAAUAGCUAUUUAUCAAAGAAAAAAAUAUGUUAAAUUUGGACCUGUAAUAGAAGUAAGCCGCCAUAAUCUUAAACAUGUCAACGAUUGGUUUUGUUAUACAACUGUUAAUUUCUUGAAAAAACACAUGUCCCCAUCAAAACUUUAA